GUUCUUGCUUAGUUUUCAUCUGGGCUUUUCCCUUCUCGCUCGACCCUCCAUUCCCACCUCCUGUCAGAGGAAGAUUGUCCACUAUCCGACUGACGUAGGACUAGGUAAUACUUGUACAACACCUUACCUACCUGACCUUACGGAUAACUCUGGAUCCAAUCCAGCCUUUUGUCAUUCCAAGGCCGAGAUUCCCGUCCCAUCUUUUUUUACAUAUUUUCUGCCUGUCUCUCUCUCUCUCUCUUCCUUGCAUUGCCCUCGCCGCAUGGGCUUCGCGUGCUUCUUCCCAGCUGUAAUUGACCACCACCACAUCCACCACGCUUGACCCGGACAUCCGCCCAUUCCAGGCAGUGCGUGUGUCUGUCUCUCGUUCACGGAUAUCGAGUUCAGUCUCUUCUUCCCCCCAAAGAAACCCACCGAACCCGCGCAUCCAAUCCCACGUCAGCCGCCGGUCCGACAUCAGACGGGCCGCCGUUUUCGACCGCAACCAAAAUCAACCAACGCCCAAUCCAAAAAAGACGGACGCGCGCGCCCCCAACUUUCUGCUGCAACCACCCACCACGCCAGCACUAAACACUAAACAAUCUGCAAACUACCAGACCGUCGACCAGCCUACCUGGGCCACCACCGUCAACAACCCCAAGACGACGACGACUGAAAUAACAUGAGCAAGAGACAUGCCUAGUCGACUGCAAAAGCCCAAUAAACACGACAAGCAACGGCUCCCAUCCAACCCUCCUCAGGUACCCGUACCCGACUUUGAUGUUCCUCCACAAGACUUUGCUCUCGACCUUCACACCUCUACCUCAAUAACCUCCGCCAAACCGUCUUCUUCCCUGACGACAACGACGACGACGACGACGCCAUCACCAAAUGGUCCCUCGAGCAGUCGACGCACACUCGCUCCCCCUACCACCACCUCCUACUUCUCUCGUAACGUACGCAACAGUAGCUUGAACACGCGCAUCGACGGAACCCACCAGUCGACGUCGAGCCCUUCCCCUUCUCCCCGAGGCGCCCCUAAGAUGGUCCAGACCAUCCGAACAGUACCCAGCUUCGAAGCCGCGAGCGACACGAGCUCCGACGCACCCUCACACACUUCCGCAUUCUCCAGUUCCGUAAACAGCAACGCCAGCGCAGUCAGCAUGGCAUCGAAUCACCAAGAAAGGACGCCAGGCGUCAAGUUAAAACACGACUGGCCUCACGCCGGCAACGACAACACCAUCAAAAUAGACUCAGCGAGGAGGGAGGAGACACCGCCCGUCGACGAUGAAAACGCCGCUCCCGUACCCGAAGGGCAAGGCCCGGGCUGGGACUCGACCAUUGGCAAGGCGGGUCUGGGAAAGACGGGACGGGUCAUCAACAAGCUCGUCAGCGACAACGAAGCCCUAAAGCGUGACAUCCAGAUCGAACGGUUACGAGCCGAGGAGGCCAAGCAGGCCGCUAAGCUGGUAGAGGACAAGAUGGAGCGCAUCAUCAGCGACUACGAGAGCCGCCUCCUCGAAGCGAGCGUCACCAAGACGCUCCUCAGCCGCAAGGAGCGCCAGGUCGAGACCCUACACGCCAACGUGGAAUUAGAAAAGAAGCGCACGGCGGACGCCAAAGAAAAAGAGCUCCUGUGGCGCGACGAGAUGGAAAAGAUGCGCGCCAGCACAACGAAGCAGGUCGAGGACGCAAACACCCACGCCGCGCUCAUGGAGGGCCGGUACAACGCCAUCAGCUCGCACUGGAAGGACCAGGGCGAUGAAGUGCAGCGCGCGCACCUGAAGCUGCGGUCCGAGAUCGCGGGCGUCGUCGAGGAGCGGCGGCGUGACGACGAAAAGAUUGCGGCGCUGCGGGACCUGUGCGACCAGCAGGACGGCAAUAUUAAGGAGCUGAGGCGGCAAAAGGAGGAGAUACAGAAAAAGUUUGACGAGUACAAGGCGCAGCAGGAAUUCUUGCUCAAGGACAUCAAGGCUGGCGUCGCCGGGCGAGAUGCCGAGCAGGAGAGGUUGCUCGAGGAGACGAGGUCGACGUUGGCGAAGCUGAAGUGGGCACUCAAUGUGAAAGAAAACGUCAAGGACCUGCUGCAAUGAUUUACUACCGUUGCGUUCAGCUCGAAUGGCAGAGGUGGUCUCCUGAAGCCAUUCCCUCUUGCCAAUGGCUUCUCGCCACUACGAUUCGACCUCGCCGACCCAAUCAUGCAGGAAAAGCCUACUACAUCCGGCAAGCCACCACUAUAACCAUAACCUUUACUAUCAAAUCCGCGACAGGCCUUGUCGCCGGCCCGUUUCGCUGCACUCGGACAUCUCGCCCAUACACCACGCGUCAACCCGAGACGACACAAAAUAAAACUAUGCCACGACAUACCACACGGUCAAGAAGAAACCCGUGCGUGGUAAAACAUACAAGGACUUAUCAAGAAAGGGUGACGCCCUGAGCCUCGAGCCUCGAAUUUGGAUUUUCCUCUGACCUUCUCCUCUCUUCUGACUAUUCGCUUCUCCACGGCCGACCAUAGUCGAAAUUUUACGUACCCGAAUCGGGAUUCAAUGAUAGAGCCAUGGUCUAAAAGUACCAGGCAGAAUCAAGAAAGGGGGUUUUCUGGAUACAGAAGUUGGGUUUCUCACUUCGUUUUUUUUUCUCAAGCAUAACCUAUGGAAAAGGGGACAUGAUCCAACCAACACUCAGGUGAGGGGUAUCUGGAAGGGAAAACCUGGCAAUCAGUCCUCACGCCUCGAC